AUGUCCACAUAUUCAUUAUAUCCUGUGAUGCAUGAGGCAAAUACUUUUGAAAUAUUUUCAAUGCUUUUAUAGAUAGGACUUGAUAGAGCAAACAAUACAAAGACAAUCUAAUAGAGACUUAAUCAAACAGAGCAUAUUAAAACUCCAACCGAUUUCUUAUCAUUUGUUAAUGUUAAUGAGAAAUGUUUAUCUCAAUCACUUAAAUAAGAGAAAUAAAGAGUUGAAUAAGAAUUUGCACUUAUUGAAAUGUUAGUCCCAAAUAAAUCGAAAACACAUUUGAUGUAUGAGGUUUGUAUGAUGAAGGUCUUUCUAUCAUUUAUCACUAAAACUAAUAACUUAGUGGUUACCUCAAUUCCAGGUGAAGGUGAACUUAUCUGGUGAAUUUUUAGAUAUUGCAGAACUGUAUGGUCAAUUUUUUAUUGCAUCUGGAAUGAAUCAUAGAUUAUAAUAAAUACAGGCGAUUAAGAAGAAUAAUUUAUAUGAUAAAGUAAUUAAGGGAUAAUUAAAUUUAGAUUCCCUUUAUGCCUCUCCUUAUGAAAUGGCUACAUGAAUAUUGCAGAUCAUAAUUUAAUAAAUUAUUUGCUUCACUCUAUGAAACAAUCUCAUAAAUGAAAUCCAACUAUGUACUAAAUAUUAUAUUGAUGUUUAUGUAGAGAUAAAUAGUUAGUAAACCAAAAGAAGAGAUUUUUUCGCCUAGAGUAAAUAAAAUGCCAAUAAAUAGACCUACUUCAUGUAUUAUUAACAAAACAAGAAGUAUUAGUAAUUACAGUAUUCGUAAAACAUCAUAAGUGGUCACUAAACGUAACAAUAAUUAAUCAGUCUCCAAAUUAAUAAAUUUAAUUUCUGAUGUCAUUGAUAUUGAUCUUACUCAUUAUGACUAAUAAACUCAUAAAAAAAAAGAAUAAAUAUUUAGUACUCUUUGGAGUAAAAAUUUCCAUGUUAGAAGUACUCAUGAGAAAUACUAAUAAACUUAUGGAAUUCAAAAACCAUAAAUAUAAACUCAUUUUUUUAGUACUCAAAACAAAAGACCAACAAGCUUUUUUAAGCAUUCAUUUCAUAUAGAUAAUAAUCUUAGUUUAUUUUGA